AUGUCACGUCCCACUUUACUUCCCCAGGAUCUGGCAAUCGAGACCGUCGAGCUACUCCUACAAAGCAAAUACAAUGAAACGGAUAAUCGUCUCGGACAUGCCCAAAUCAUCCAACUCCUGGAGUUCUGUCUGAAGACGUACUUUACAUUUGACAGAACAAUCUACGAGCAGGUGAAGGGAGCGCCAAUGGGUUCGCCAAUUUCGGGAUUCCUCGCCGAGGCUGUCCUACAACGGUUGGAGUCGCUGGUUUUCCGACACCACAGACCGAAAUUUUGGGCUAAGUAUGUGGACGACACCGUCGUCACCGAACGGGAUCAGGUGUUGACAUUCAAAAGAUGUCUCAACGCCGUCUUCGCGAACAUUUAG